AUGUCUGCCCCCAUCGAAACAAACAAGCUUACUUCCACGAGCGGGCCCGAAUCGCCUACAACAGUUCGACCCCUGGAUCUGUCCGACGACGAAGACAUCCAGGAAACAGGUGUUCUCGGCGGUGAGGCUCCUACUACAUCUCAGGCUACCACCAAGACCAACACCACCUCGUCCAACAUGGCCUCCUCGACACCCGCCACCACCGAAGCGGCCCCACCAAAGCCCCCGAGACCCUCCGGCGAAACGCAGAAGACGGAGGACAUCUUGAAGGAGGCCUUCCCCAGCAUCGACAUCUCCGUCAUCAAGGCGGUCCUGAGAGCCAGCGGCGGAAAGAUUGAUCCGGCUUUCAAUGCCCUUCUUGAAAUGACUGAUCCCGAUGCGGCCCAGCACGAGACAACCGACGAACAACCCCCUCCCCAGCCUCCCCGCCCCCAAGGCGGCGCGCAGCUGUCCCAGCUCGAAGCCGACGAGCUCUACGCGCGCCAGCUGGCGGAGCACUUUGACAACGUCGGCAGCUACGAAGCUAGAACCUCCAACCGGAGCCCCGGCGGUGGUGGCGGUCGUGUGAGGAGGCAGCAGACCGGCCUCGAGCCCAGACCGAACGCCGAGGACCGCGAACCCAACUUCUUUGACGAUGAGUUGCCGGUGAUUCAGGAGAAGCUCCGAAAGGGCUUCGUGGAGACGCAGGGCAAGGUCAACAGCUGGAUCACCACAAUGAAGAAGAGGUUUGACGAGGAGUUUGCCGACGAGGACGAAUCCAGUCACCAGCGGCCGGGUCAAGGCCAGGGCCAGGGCCAGUAUGGCGCCCGACGACCCGGCGAGUCGAGCCGCCGAAGCGGCGACUAUGAGAGAUACGAUGCCGAUCCUCAGGUGCUCAGCGACGACUUUGCUGGUAUGAAGUUCACCGCCGACGGAACCCCUCUCCGCGACAGCAACAGACCUCUGUCAAACCCUGACCUCUACAAACCCCCUCCACCCUCAAAGUCGCCCAAGCCCCACGAUGGUCGCAAGGUGGCCUUCAGGGAAGGCGCCGAGGAGAUUGACGUGUACGGCUCGUCGCCCAGACGCUCCGCCGAAGACCUGUCCGGUUCAAAGGCAAAGGCCAGUAAGUGGCAGCCCCUGUCGACGGUCGACCCGAACCCCAUCAGCGACAACGACCCUUUCAGCCUGGGCGACAGCGAAGACGAGCGGGAGGCCAAGGAAAAGGCCGCGUCCACCAGCAAGGAUACUACUACCAAGGACGCCGGCGCCAGCUCGGAGGACAGCGAGAGGCUCAAGAAGGCCGCCGCCGAGGCCAUGGCGGAUAGCCUCGUCGAGUCCAAGAGCGGUGAGACGGCUGGUGCUGACGCCAAGAAGAAUUGA